AUGACCAGCAUUUGGCAGCCAAUAUCUAGAGCAUCAUGUCUCAAUACUCGAACCAUUCUCCAACCAUGUUUCAAGGUCAAUAGCCUCGCUGCAAGGCUUGUACAGAGUUCAAUUCGCUCCUUUUCGAUAUGUUCUUCUCAACCUCUUAGAAAUAUACCAGCGUGGCAGAAAUCAAUUCAAGGAGGGAGGGCGGCGCAAAAGCCUAUAGGACAUCGAAUCGAAAUUCGGACGUUAAGCUCGAAGCGCAUUCUUACAAAAUAUGAACAACUACCGGAAGACUUUGUCGCAGAAGAAGGAUUGCCCUUCAGAUUAAAACCUCUAUCAGCGAAUGAGGCUCGAACGAUAUUCGGUAGUAAAAUAAAUGCGCAGGUAGCAAACCACAUCCUACGAGUUCUCCAUGGACAACGAGUCGCAGGAAUUCUGGAAGAUCCUGCCGCGAGAAGCACUGUCAACAAAUACGAGAGAAGCGCAGUUCAACUCGGGCUUCAAUGGUUAAGGAAGCAUGUGCCUGUAAAUGAGAUUGAAAAUGCUGGACAGAGAGCGGAAGAUGAGCUCCGGGCCAUGGAGGCGGAUAUCGUCGCUGAUAGUGAGAGGAUAGGUCUCUACAAGCCUAACUCCGGAGGAGCCUGGGAAAGCCGAGAAGAAAAGAGCGUGCUCGUGGAAUUAAAAGAAGCUAACAGGAAGAAGCGACUUGAAGAAGAAGCUCGGGAAAAGAGUCAAGCAGAGGAAAUACAACAGAAUACUGGAACUUUACAGACUACGACACCCAAAUCACGGGUGGUUCUACGAAAAUUAGAUCCAUACAACAACCCGCUCUACCUUAAGUACAAAGACUCAGCAAACAUCCUUCCCAAUGGAAUCCCAGAAAUGACCUCCUUCCAGCGACUCUGGCCCUCCACCCUCAUGGUCAUAGCCACCUUCACCGGCUGCUACCUCCUCACGCAACUCUACGUCCCCCCCAAGGCCUCCGCGCGCAUCUUCCCCGACAUGCCCCCCUCCGCCGCAACAGCCAUAACCAUCAUCGCCAUCAACGCCGCCAUCCUCGUAGCCUGGCGUUUCCCACCCCUCUACCGCCUCUUCAACACCUACUUCAUCACCAUCUCCGCGGCCCCCCGCGCCCUCUCCCUCCUCGGCAACACCUUCUCCCACCAAUCCGUCUCCCACUUCGCCUGCAACAUGGCGCUCCUCUGGGUCGUCGGCACGCGUCUCCACGACGAGAUCGGCCGCGCAAACUUCCUCGCGCUCUACCUCUCCGCCGGCGUCUUCGGCAGCUACGUCUCCCUCGUCUGGUUCGUGCUGCGGAAAUCCUUCAUAUCCGCCUCCCUAGGCGCGUCCGGCGCGCUGUGCGGUAUGAUGGGCACAUACCUCACCCUGGAUUCCGGUGCUAAAAUCACAUUUUUCGGGUUCCCGCCAGAAAAUUGGCCGGCUUUGACGUGUCUAGGCUUCUUGGGAUUCAGUAUUUUCAUCGAGCUCUUAGGAAUGAAACGCAGUUUGAAGACCGGGAUGCAGCGUCUGGAUCACACGGCGCAUUUGGGCGGGUAUGCGGUUGGGAUUCCGUUUUGUGAGAUGUUGAAGAGGAAAAGGAGGAGGUUGGUGGAGGAGGAGGAGGAGAGGAGGAGGAAUCUGGGGUUUGUGGGACGGAUGAGGGAGGGGACGAGACCGAAUGUGCCGCCAAGGGUGGCUUGA